UAAAUUGAAUUGAAUUGAUUUUUUCUUCUGUUCCUGAAAUAGUUAAAAAACAAUCAAUAAUUAUUGAUAUCGACUGAUAUGAAACACUUAUAUCAUGAUACAGUAAUAAUUACAGUGUAACGUGAUACAGUAAUAAUUACAGUGUGCACUGUAACGAAACCGGUGCCAGUGGAUUAUUUUAUUUUUUAUAUUUAUUUUAGGCUCAUUGUAACAACCAGAGCAGAGAAGGAAAUUCAUUGCAAUUUUAGUUCUUUUGUGGUAGAAAUAUCGGUACCGCUACUCUAUCGGCAACUACACAAAUGUAAAUACUUGUACUCGGUUUGAAAAAAUUAGUAACAGGAGAUCCCUAAUCACAAUCUCGACUUUGAAAUAACCUUUUAUAAUUUUGCAAACGUUUGUAUUUAUAAACAAGCUAGGCUCUGCCUUUGUCAACCUAGAAAGCAGUUAGAGCUCGUUUUGAGUUCCCAGGCUAGCCGGCUAGUCUGCUUUGACCAAGAACAUCUACCAGAAGACCUGAAGAAGAAGUCAAUCAGACCAACACCAGCAUUAGCAGUGAAUUCAUAGGAACGAACCGCCGCGUUGUCCAGGAUCCACCUAUCUUUCCAUGGAAAAUGUGCCUGUACUGUGAAAUUAUUAACGCCUGUCUGACUUCAUCCGAAAGACAUCAGAUGUUUCAAGCCUAUCUUUCGGCUGGACCCUGAUGUAGUCAACUACUGCAGACAUGACGGGCACAUUUCUACACACCGCCAUCAAUGAUGUCUUACCUGACCUUCCAGAAAUGUCAAAAGACAUUUUAAAAGAAACCUUACAAUCCCUCGGGGUGGAGAUCUUCAGCUUAUUGAGGAGGCAGAUUUGUUGUCAUCCUUGCGACCCAUUCAAGCCCGAAGGGUGGUUGCUGCCUGGAAGCGGAAAUGCCAGACUCUCGAAUGCAGCAGACCGUCUCUUGGGGCCCUGGCAGGACCUCCCCCAUCCUUGCCUCUGUCUUCGCCCAGGAGCUCCAUUUCAACCUCUCCCAGCAUCUGCCGAAGCCCUGGUGCAGACUGUGUGGACGCCUUUAGCAUACCGUGGGAGGAGCUCCCAGCGGAACUGAUGCAGGCAUUAGAGAGAGGUGCUCGGCCGAGUCCACAAAUGAGGAGGCAGAUGGUCAGGAUGGUAGUGAAAGAAAUGACGGUUAAAACAUCCCGCGUCACUUAACGAAACGUCUUAGACGUGGGCAAAGCGAUGGUAGCUAAAUACCCGAAGUCUCUACAGGACCUCAUUGAGGGCGACGUAAUUGGGUCAGGCUACCACUCCCUCGUGAAACAACUGCAGAACAGAUUUGAGAACGUGAGGCGAUGCACGGCGCCAAAAAUACGGAAAAGAAAACGUCGCGCCGAUGAGUCUGACACAGACGACAGUCCUCCCGAAAGAAGAGCUGUGAUCCAGGACACCUACGGUUGCAUCAACUGGGAUCCGAAAUCCAUGCCCCUGGGAGAGGGCCAGGAGAGCCAGCGCCAGAACAAAGAAAAGCUCCAAACGUUGUCUCUACAAACUGAUCCAGAUCCAGAGGAAGUGACACUACUGAUGAGGUCAACUUUCUACGCACAGCGCAAACAGGUCAACCAAGGGAAAGAUAUCAAACACCUCGUGGAAGAGUGGCCCUUUUGGUUCGAUGAACUCGGCAUGUCGGUUCACUUCGAGGAACUAACUGGAACUGACCUGAAGGAAACAUUCGCGCGCAAUAUUGACAUGAAGGGGAAACGCCUCCUGGACUUCAUGAGAACUGUUGGUAUGAAAAAGAGCAAGUUCCUACCAGCUUUCAUGAAGUUCCAGUUGAGAGUUGACCGGUCGCUCUGAAGACGUCAAAGAGAUAGUGCUACUUUUACUGUCUUACUUUGA